AUGGAGUGUGUUCGUCUUCUCAAGAAGGCUUAUGAACUUGAUCCGUGUGAUAAGAUAAAAAGAAAAAUUGAACGAAUUGAAAACCAUCUCAAAGAAAAUGAAAUAUCUUCUGAUGAUACACAUGAACGUGAAGAAAGCCCAGAUAAGAAAGCAGUUUCAAAAGUCACUGGUGAACUGAUUCAAGUAGCUGAUGGAUUUCAUGUACCUAAGUUGUUAUACGAUAAAUUGUAUGAUUAUCAAAAAUCUGGGAUUGAAUGGCUUUGGAGUUUACAUCAGAAAAAUUCUGGUGGUAUAUUGGCUGAUGAUAUGGGUCUUGGUAAAACAGUUCAGGUUAUCGCCUUCCUUUCUGGUCUUUUCGUAUCCAGUAAAUCUAAUUGUACAGCAUUAAUUGUCAUGCCAGUCAGUGUUUUAGCUACCUGGGAGACAGAAUUAAAAAGAUGGGCACCAGCACUACGUGUUGUCAUUUUUCACGACACCAGUCGAUCUGAUCGUCUUAAAAGCCUGGUAUCAAUUCAACGACACGGUGGUAUCCUUUUGACAACUUAUGGAAUGCUUGUAUCGAAUAUAAGAGAUCUGUCGACAGAUUUAAACGCAAAUCCUGACUUUUUACGAUCUAAAAAGCCUAGUAAUAAGGAUAACAAGAACAACAAUGAUGAUGACAAUGAUGUGAAUGAUAUUCUUGCUAGAACUGGUAAAGAAUUUCACUGGACAUAUUUAAUAUUAGAUGAAGGGCAUAAAGUGAAAAAUCCUUCAUCGAAAACAACUAAAGCAGCUCAAGCAAUCUAUGCCAAACAUUGUAUUCUUUUAACUGGUACUGCUGUACAAAAUAAUCUCAAAGAAUUAUGGUCUCUUUUCAAUGUUACACAUCGUGGUCGAUUGUUAGGGACUCAGAAAACAUUUAGCAUAGAAUAUGAUAAACCAAUAUCUCGGGGAAGAGAAAAAGACGCCAGUAAAGCAGAAAAAGUGCACGGUCAAUUAAUGUCUGAAAGUUUACGCAAAAUUAUUGAUCCAUACUUUUUAAGACGUACAAAAUCAGAUGUUCUGUCAAAAAAGUAUAAUAUGAAUGCACUUGUACCAAUGAAGAAUGAAAUGCCGCGUAAAACGGAAAUUGUCUUAUGGAUAUAUUUGAGUACAAUACAAGAGAAUACAUAUCGUGACUUUUUACAACUGGAUCAUGUGAAAGAAUUACUGAUGAAGCGUACUACACGUUCACCGUUAAUGGAAUUAAUUAUCCUGAAGAAGGUAUGUGAUCAUCCACGUCUUUUAUCAACAGAACAAUGCUUAAAUCUGAAUUUACAUCAUGAUGAUGAUGAUAAUACUGUGGGUGGUCAAGACAGCCAACGAGAUACUUAUCCGAUUGAUAAACUGACCUCAGACAAGAUACAUUUUCCUCCAGCAGAACAACUGAUUAAAGAAUCUGGAAAAUUUUUAUUUCUACACUGUUUAAUGAAACAAUUUUUAAAAGAAUUACAAAUGAAUCCACAAAGAGAUUCACCAAGAACAUUAAUAUUUUCACAAAGUUUAAAAUUCCUUGAUAUGGCAGAAAAGGUUAUCCUGGAUAUUCAUUGUCCUGUGAAUAGUAGUGGUCAGUCAUCUAAUCCUAGUGGAAAUUUCCCUACAAGACAUCGUGUUCUACGCUUGGAUGGUCGUACUUCAAAAGUAUGCGAUCGUUUAAGCCUAAUUAACAAAUUUCAAAAUGAUAAGUCGUAUACAGUUAUGCUUUUAACUACGCAAGUUGGUGGUGUUGGACUAACAAUCACCUCAGCUAAUCGUGUCAUUAUUCUUGAUCCAAGCUGGAAUCCAGCUGUAGAUGCACAGGCUGUAGAUCGUGCCUACAGAAUAGGUCAAAAGUUCGAUGUAGUUGUCUAUCGAUUGAUCACAUGUGCUACUGUCGAAGAAAAGAUAUAUCGUCGUCAAAUAUUCAAAGAUUCUGUAAUACGUCAGACAACUGCACCGGGUCAAAAUAAAACCGAUCUAGACCCGUAUCGAUAUUUCAGCCGGCAAGAAUUGUUUGAGCUAUUCAGUCUAGGCGAUACACGUGUAUCAGAGACAAAAAAACAACUCGAUAUGCUGCAUGAUGGUUCAGACAAAUGGUCGGAUGCUUCAAUUAGUCCACACUUGCAUUUUCUGUGUGGCGAUGCAAUGAAGCAUGCUGUAUAUGGAAUAUCAUUUCAUGAUUUAAUGUUUAGUAAAGAGUCAGUGAAUGAAGGCAGUGUUGAUACCACAGAUCAUGAAAAUGUGUAUAUCAUGAAUCGUCGUGUUGCUGCUGAACGUGCUUUAGCUGUGGAAUGCGGUGUCGAAGGUAAAGCAUUCACUAGAGAAGUGUCAACAACAGACGUGAGGAAUGAUAAUAAUAAUAAUGUGAAUUCUCUGCCGACACAAUUAGCCAAUAUGAAUAUACACAACAACAAUAGAUUUCCACCAUACGCCUAUAACAAUAGUAAUAAUAAUAACAAUAAUAAUAAUACUGAAAAUCGUUUUAUGAAUCCAGUUUUACCGAAUCAACAAUUGUUGUUGUUUAAACCUUCCAAAGAUGAUACUCAAAGGCAUAUGUUCAAUCGACCACCAACUAAACAAGUGGAUAAUGGAAAUACAUUAACAAUGAGUAGACCACAGAUGAUCGUUUCUUCAAAUGACAACAAUUCAGCGCCUAUUUCAAAUAACCCUGAACGGUCAAAUGAAUACACCAACCAGAUUUCAAAUGUUGUAACGUUAACAGAUAAUACUACUACUAAUAAUGUUGAACACCGUCCAAUAAAUGAUGAACAUGGAGUAGGCAAAUCUAUUUCUCCGAAGUUAAAGAAUCAGUUGCCAAGUUCAUCUAAAGUUCCAGUUGACGGUGAAUAUCUUGAAAUUGGAAGUUCUUCUUCCAGUGAAGAUAAUACUACUAAUAACAAUAUAUCGAUGGUUGAUAAACAAUCCGUUGUCAGUCCAGUUUCUAUUAAAAAUCGUGUUGUGGAUUAUAUAACUAUAGAAGAUUCUAUAGCUGAAAGUUUACGUGAAAUGAGUAUAGCUCAGACAACACCAUUACGAUCGAAUAAUGCAAAUGAUAGUAAAGAAUCAGAUAUACCGAAAACUCCACUGCAUGAAAAUCGUGCUCCACUCAAUCCAAGAUUAUCUUUUUUACCUAUGGAUGGGAACUUUUAUCGGUCUACACCAAUAUCUACGAAAAAAUCGGCCAAUGAGCGAAACUCUAAUAACAAUAGUAACAACGAUAACAAUAAUCACGUUGGCGGCAGCGAUAAGUCGCCGUCACGCGUAUCACCGGUUAACAAUGACGAUCCAGAUCAAGAUUACAUACAUAUGGACAUAAGUGUGAAUAUGAAUGACAACGAUUUAGCGAAUACAGUUGAUAUGAAAUCGAUCCAACAGGUUCUUGCUAGAUCUGGUGUACUCAAUGCCACCAAUGUGGUUGAAUCAGAUGCUGUAGACAGAUCCGUGUCUGAUUCUGAAGAACGGGUCUUUGCCCUUCCAAAUAAUAUUUCAAGCAAAAGGAAGCCUAAUCAUUCUACUCCAGCAAGAAAUAAUUCCAAAGAAAUUGUAAUGGAUUCUUAUGCUAGUGGUGCGUCGUUGGAAGAUGAUAAUGAUGGUGACGGUGGUGAUGAUGAUGUAGAAUAUUCUUCUGAAGACAUUAUCGAAGAAAGUGAUAUCGUUGAAGCUAGUUAUUGAAAAGGAGAUUUCAAAAUAUUCAAUAUUGAAACGUGUAUAUAUAAUUCUCGAGUUUCUUUUACUGUCGUUUGUUAUUUAUCCUUAUAUUAAAUUAUUUUUUGCAAAUAUAUCAA